GUUAUCAAGUUAUGAUAAUGAAGAUGAUAAGAAAACUGUAAAUAAAUCGAUUAAGCUGAAAUAAAUAACAAAGUUUACUCACGAGCUCUCAUUGCUCGUCUGUUGUGCUUACUGUGUGGAGUUGUGAAGAUAACGCUGAAAUAAUAAACCUAAAUAUGGUGUCCUUCACAGCCCGUGGUUUAAUGCCCCCAGUGUUCACUCCGCUGAACGAUGAUCUGACCAUCAACUAUGGAAUCAUCCCAGCUUAUGCUAAGUUCCUGGCCGAUUCAGGAAUUAAGUCUGUAUUGGUUGGAGGCACAACAGGCGAGCACAUGUCUCUAUCGGUGGCAGAUAGGAAGAAGGUCAUAGAUGCCUGGGUUGCCGUCGCCAAGACCACCGGUCUCCAUAUACAGGUGCAAGUGGGGGGAGCACCGUUGGCUGAUGUUACUGAGCUGGCUCGUUACUGCCAGCAAGUGGGUGCGAACUCCCUACUAACACUGCCGGAGCUGUACUUCAAGCCGGCGUCGGUCCAGGACCUGGUAUUCUACGUGUCUCAGGUCGCGAAGGCGGCUCCUAAGCUGCCGGUGCUGUAUUACCAUAUACCGAGUAUGAGUAAGGUUGAGAUCAACAUGCCAGCAUUCGUAUCCGCGGCUACAGUCAGCAUCCCCAACUUCAAGGGCAUCAAGUUCACGUCGAACGACCUGAGCGAGGGCGCGCAAGUACUGCGGACCCUUAAGGAUGGACAGGAGAUGUUCCUCGGAGCUGAUACUCUCCUCGCGCCUGCAGCGCUCCUAGGCAUCAAAUCUAGCAUCGGGACAAGUUUCAACCUGUUCCCUAAGCUUGCCCAAGAAAUCCUGGAUGCCGUUGAGAAGAAUGACAUCGCCAAGGCUAGAGCUCUACAGGAAAAACUAAGCUUGGCCAUUGAAGCUCAUACUUGUGAAGGACCCUGGGUGCCCAUCAUGAAGGCUGGUAUGGAGAUAGCCACGGGCAUCAAGGUCGGACCCCCAUCUUUACCCCAAAAGCCACUGUCAGCUGAAGCCAAGCAAAGGAUCAGAACCAAACUGUCCACAUUAGGCCUUAGCAAGUAAACGAACGAAAAUGUGCUUUACGUCAACGGAAUAGAAUAUACUCUCGAAAAUCAUGCAUUUAUUUAAAAAUUGAUAUUAUAAGCUUGUUGUUUUGUCACGAUCAGUGCCUGCUAUUUUUGGGCGGUGUGAAAUGUAUAUAUAUAAAAAUCUUUUAUUGUUCAA